UUUAAAUAGCCACCACGCCGAAUAAACUUGGAGUUAAAUACUGCGCCCUGUGAAUUACUAGCAGUUGAAUGGAGCUGAGGCAGGCGUACUUGUGUUUGUUGAGCUGAAGCGGACUGUCGUUUUUCUCCAGCGGGGUAAUUUGCUCUCACCCAUGCCAAGCAGGUGCAGUUUAUGAUGGAGCUGAGCAGAAGGAAAGUCCCUCUUUACAUGUGCGGCUCCCAGUGUUUUCUUUUCCGUGGAAACCAGGUUCAAAUGGCUCUUUCGGUGUCAAAGGUUGCCGACCGCUGGUCCAGACUAUAAAUAAAGGGCCAGGCUAAGGUGUUUGCAUUAUUGGAGGGCCUGGAUUCCAUGAUAAAAGAUACCGAAGUCUUCAUUGUUUUGGAAGGAUCCACGCUGGUCCAUGUCACCAGGGCUCAAAGGGAAGUCAUGCUGUGCUUUAUAGUGCCUGGACAUAACCUUGCUGAGGUGGUCUCUGUACAGGCCUACUUGUGCUCAGAAACAACACCUCUCACAUGGGUGGGUGGCGCAAUGUUGGAGUAUGUCCAAGACGAUGCACAGGACCUGGCAGAGCACCUUGUCACCCACGGACAUUGUCUGAGCGCCAUGGAUCACAAAGAGCUGAGCAGCUUCUUCAACCUCGGCCAACAGAGCUCCCGUAGGGCUAUGGAUCGACGUGUAGCCCUCGCCAUGGCUAACCUGGAUAUUCCUCCAAAUUGGAAUGUGCUUGGGAGUCCCUGUAGAAACGAUCACAGCCCAAGAGAGUCUCUGCUCCACCUGGCUGUACGAUGGGAACUGUGUCGACUGGCCGAGCUGCUGCUUUGUCAACCGGGAGGUCUGAUGGCUAUCAGCCUUCCAAACAAAGAUGGAGUCACACCGCUGCAGCUGGCACGGUCAUCAGGCAAUGGAGAACUGCUGGAGCUCCUCACACACCCACCAAACCCCCUAGCCACACCUCCCGCAGGACUAUCUCAGGUGUGGGCAGAUCACUCCCGCUUGCUGAGGUACUGUCAUGACACCGGUAAUCUGACAGUGACCAUCCGACAAAAUCUGAAGUGGAGCACAGAGGAGAGCCGGCAUGCUGACAUUCAGCUGCUCAGAAGCAGACUUCGAGACGAGGGCUUCCUCAGAGAGAUUAAAGCGCUAAGAAGGGAGCGGACAGUGAAGACUUUUAGCAAAGAACAAUUGGUGGAUGAUCCUGCAGAAAAUGGACAUUUGUAUGAUAUGAGUGAAGAUAAUUCAGCUCCAGAUGAUAAUGACUUUGAGGAACCACUGAUGUUUUGCCUUAAUCAGGACAACCAAGAAGAUGAGCAGUCUGAUUCUGAAAAAAGCCAGUCCAUAGGCGAGAGCCAAGCCUCGUCCCCGACUUUGGCUGCUGCUGCCAGGCUGUCAGCGAUGAUCCACGGGAAAGACAAAGUUUAUGCCAACUCCACGGUGGUGGAUCAGGUGGAUGAUGUUGACAUGAAAUACCGCUCUCGGCCAGUGCCUGAUGUUGGCAGGCCUUGCUGGGACCUCUUCUCCAUGACACCCCCCGACUCAAAGAUGUGUCCCAAAAAUCCUCACCCACCCACGCCGCAAAACGCCAAGAGGGCUAUCCGAAACCCAGGCCCGGAGAAAUCCAAAGAGUCAUCUCUUCACAGCUCUCCCCCCUCUCCCUCUUCCCCCUUUGCUCUCCCUCGAUCUUUCCCGUCCUCCCCCCUGGCUUCCGCUUUCCGUUUGUUUGAAGGAGGACAGAAGCGACAGCCGCAAACCACCCUUCCAGUCUCUCCCACUUUGAACGGCAGAGGAUGCAACUUGUCAGCGGCAACCCGUGGACUGAGUCCAAGUCUCGAGUGUGAUAGCGGAGAAGAGGACAUAGUGGGAAAUUCUUACCCCUGCUCUGCUUCGAACCAGCACUCCAGCUCCCCAGACUUUAACCAAUCUCAGGCAAACACCGAAAAGCCCACUAAGAACUCGGAGGAAGGCGAGGUUCGACUGCGUUCAUAUUCCUACUCCUCCCCCAAGGCGAGGCCCUCGCGCCCCUUUCUAAACAGAGAUGCAACGGUUGCUGACCUGGCAGAAGAUGGUGCAUUCAACAGCAGUGGUCGUUCUCUACUUCAGGCUUUAUCUCUCUCUAAAUCACUCUCUCGACUCAACCAAGUUAAGCAGAGUGUGCUGAACCUGACGGAGGCUUCCAAAGAAAAGAGGAUCGAGGAUGAAGAGUGGGACAAAUACAUAAUUCCAUCCAAAGUCGAGUCAGAGAAGUAUAAAGUGAGCCGGACCUUCAGUUUCCUCAAGAGCAGGAUGUCGAGCACUCGCAACAAAACCAAGGUGAAAGGGAAAGAGGGAAAGGAUGGAAAGGACAAGAGCGGUGGCCCGAACGGACACCAGUUUGUUCUUGUGUCCCUAUCUUGUCCUCCUGUCUGUGUGGCUUGUGACAAGUCUGUUUCUGGGAAGGAGCUGCUGCAGUGCUCCAACUGUUUCGUGAACGUCCAUAAGAACUGUCGAGACUCUGUUGCACCAUGUGGAAAGAAGCUGCAGGAAAAGAAUGCAUUGCUGAUGAAAAGCAAGACCUCGUCUCUCCCACAGAAUUCUGUGAAAGACAACACUUCCUCCUCCUCAUCACUUUCCCCAGCUUCCUCACUUAUGACAACGCCCAAAGAAAAGCGAGAAACACUCGCGCCUCUGCCCAAAAGCCUCACUGUGUCUUUAGAGAACAGACGGCUGAGUGACACAGCAGGGGUGGAGGUUGAUUCCCCUCCGACAGCUCACAACUCACAUUCUGAGGAGGGGACUCCUACUACAACAACCCCUCCUUCAAUCGACCCACCAGUCACUUCACAGGAUGAAGUCGAUGCUCCCCUACUGAGCGAUCUGUCAGCCGACCUGUUGGGACUCGACGCAGAAUCGUGGAGCCUCGCAGUCAGUCCCGACUUCUGCAGGCAGCAUGACAGGCGUGCCAUCAAACGGCAGGAUGUCAUUUAUGAAUUAAUGCAAACAGAACUGCACCAUAUCCAGACUCUGACAGUCAUGUCGGAAGUGUUCAGACGAGGCAUGCUAGAGGAGCUCCAACUGGACUGGGAUUGCGUGGCCCGGAUUUUCCCGUGCUUGGAUUCCUUGCUGCUCUUCCACAGGAAUCUUUUCGGAUCACUGCAAGAGUGCAGACAGGCUUCAAUCCAAUCUGAGAACCAGAGAAAUUACCUCAUCCAUCACAUUGGAGACAUCCUGCUUCAGCAGUUCUCAGAUGAAAAUGCUGAAAAGAUGAAGCAAGUAUAUGGAGAUUUCUGCAGUCACCACAUGGAAGCUGUCAACGUCUUCAAAGAGCUUCAGCAACAGAAUAAAAAACUCCAGAACUUUGUCAAACAACAGAGCAGUAACUCACUGGUCAGGAGAAGAGGGAUACCAGAGUUUAUCCUUUUGGUCACUCAGCGCAUCACCAAGUACCCAGUCCUGUUGGAGAGGAUAUUACAUUACACUCAAGAAGGCAGUCAGGAACACUCAGACUUGUCAAGUGCUCUGGCUCAGAUACGGGAUAUCAUCGCCGCAGUGGACCUGACUGUAAAUAAGUACGAGAGGUCUCAGGAGCUGCAGGAAGUGCUCGCCCGGCUGGAGAAUAAGAGCUUGGCUAAACUCAAGAGCGGCAAGGUAAUUCGCAAGCAAGACCUGCACAGCAAUCACAGAGAUCUACAACACAAGGGGCUGCUCUACUGGAAGACCGCAACAGGGCGCCUAAAAGAUACAUUGGCGCUUUUGCUUACUGACGUCAUGGUGUUCCUGCAAGAGAAAGAUCAGCGCUUUGUAUUUGCGGCUGUGGACCAGAAACCUCCCGUGAUCCCACUGCAGAAGCUCAUCGUGAGAGAAGUAGCCAAUGAGGAGCGAGGGAUGUUCCUCAUCUCUGCUUCCUCAGCUGGACCAGAGAUGUAUGAAGUUCACACGACCACCAGAGAGGAAAGAAAUGCUUGGAUGAAACAGAUAAGACAAGCUGUCGAGAGUUGUCCAGAGGAAGAGGAGGAGGAGGAGCGCAGCGCUGAAUCAGAAGAGGCCAAGCGAGCAGUGGAAGCGAAGGUUCAGAAAAUGUCAAAGUUCCAAGAGACAUUGUUAAGCCAGGACCAGCGCAUCUGCAACAGUUUGGAGGAGAAAUUACAGCUGUAUGCUGAGCUCACUGACUUAACGCUGCACUCUCCAGAAGCCAUAGCACAUCGCCACCUGCUGGUACAACCGGAAAUUGAUAUUGAGUCGCCAAGACAGGCCUCAACGCUCCUCACGGCUGCACUCAGAGAAGCGGAGAACCUGAUCACCAUUCUGCAGGCUCACGAUGGCCUUCUUGUACAAAGUGACAUCUCUCCAAUCCGUGGGCCCGAUUCCUGCAACUACAAUAGCCACGGCAGCAGCAUCCAAGAAUCUCCCUCAGAACCCGAUUAUUUAAGCACGCUCAGUAUGAGCUCCACCUCUCUUGGAUCAGACAGUGAGGGGACAGCGAUGGAUGGAGUCGUGUGGAGGUCUCCUCCUAAGACAAAGAAAGGAGACACUAAAGAUACACUGUUCAAGGUGGCAGAAAGUGUCCAGAGUCUGACUCAGCUUCUUUAUAGUCUGCAGGCUGCUGUGACCCUUCAAGACAGCUGUCUUGAGAUCCAGAAAAUUCUCCUUCAGGAAGGAGACAAAUCUCAGCUCAAGACCCUCACCUUCACACACACCUUCCAAAACACCUUCGAGCAGGAGAGGCAGACGGGCAAUGAUAAGAAAACAGAGGAAAUUGAAAAGAAGGCUUUGGAGAGGAAGAAGGAAGAGGUGGAUGAGGUGCAGAAACUCCAUGUGAAACUGAAACAAGACCAGCAGCGCUGGGACAAGGAAUGUGUGACCAGAGAGAAACAACAGAAUGAGCAGGAGACUGCACUGGAACAGCGUGAGCAGCAAUGCAUCCUGGAGGCAGAGCGGCUGCGUUGCGAGCGAGAGGAACUGAAAACUCAGCUGCUGGAGUAUCAUAACAGUCUGGACAGACUGCGGGAAGGCCAGAAGAGCGUGGACAGGGAGAAGGAGAAGCUCGAAGCCCAACAGAGAUUCCUCCAGACCUGGAGGCAUAACCGACAGAGCAGUCUACCUGUCACCAUUCCGCUGGAUGGAUACAAGCUGCCGCCGAUUCACAGUCGCUCAGGCAGCCUGGACGGCACCUGUUGGACAUACGAGAGUGAUGCAGCUCUGCUCGACUCCCUCGAAAAGAAGCACCCCCCCAACAACAACCCACACCAGUACCUGCUCUCCGCCCCGAAGAGGAAUCACGACGGCCUCCGGCAAGCUUCCAGCUAUGGCGCUGACCUCAGCCUCAGCGCCAGUCUCUAUAACAGCCUCAAUACUCUGCUCAGCCAAACCCACGGGAAACAACCUCAGGAUGCGCUCACAUUCGCUCACUACUCAAAGAGCCACGAGUGCAGUCAGCCUUCCAGUACCUCUGUCAAUCCCUUCAGCGGCAGACCCAGACCACAGCCGCAGAGCACCAGCAAGUACUUCAGUCCACAGUUGGAUCGACAUUCCCUGGGGUCCUGGAGGCCAGAGAUGCGAGGUCGAGAACUUUACGAAAACACCUACCCCUCUUCCUCACCUUCCCUCGCCCCGCUCCUCCCCUCACAGUCCUACCUCUCUCUAGAAGGACAUCUCAGGGAGGACAGUGGCGAGGAGAACAUUGUUUACCUCUGAUGGCGCAGUAACUGCACUUUGUCGUUUUUAUUUACUGUAUUUGUAUUUGUGAUUGAGGUAAAUACAUGUGGGUAAUCGCGGCUAAUCAAGUGAGGGAAUCGCAUCAUAUGUGCCUUUUGAAAACUGUUUGUGGCGGCAAUCAGUGCGCUUCCUGCUUAAUCAAAAGCAGUUGUGCCUUUUGCGUUGGUACUUGCAUCUGUAAAUGAGGUUAUUUCCUUAUUUUAUUAGCGGGAUACUGGGGGAAUCCACAGCAUGCCCUCAAGCAAGGCACUAGGAAAUUCCAAGACACAAGUACUGAUGCAAUUUUUUUCCGUGAGCACUUAAAAUAAAAAGAAAUAUAUUGGGGAAGCCAAUUUAGGCUUUCCCCAAGUUAUGUACAGCAUUAAUUGCUCUCCUAUAGAGUGCCAUUGUAUUGCCAUGUGAUCUUAAAUUAUAUUUAUUAGGGAAUGUAAACAUUUGCAAAAAAAAUAUAACUAAGGUAUGCACAUAAUUAUUGUAUGUACUGUACCCUAUAGUUUAUUGAAAGGGCUACCUAUGUGCACCGUUGGAAGAGGUUUAUAAUUUUCUUCAAGUGCCACAAUUCUGGUGUGGUUUUUUUUUUUCUCACUGUCUCCAUUUGUAACAACUUGGUAAUUUAUUGUAUGUAAAUGGCUUCAUGCACUGUACACAAUGUUUGGUUUAUUUUUAAUCACUAAUCACUGAUGUGAUGUACUGUAUGUAAAGGUUUGUGCUGCACAUAAAAAUAUGGUUGCAAUCUUC